GGAGCGUCAUUCAGUCAUUUCGCGAAGCUCACGGUGCUUCCAAACGCUCAGUUUGGCGGGCUUCGUGUACCCAACUGGCCGUGUUCCGAACGCAGUGUGAACUCCACGCGAGUCCUGACCGCAUCUUUACUAAGUUUAUGUGUAAAACGUGAAUAAUGACAAUAAAAUCAAGCAUCGUUUUGCGGUGGUUCGCCAUCGUCAAUGUUCUAUUGAUACUCCAUGCUGAAGGAAGCAAAUCGCUAUUGGGAUCGAGCUGCAGAUCAAAUUUUGAUUGCGGCGUGAGUCAUGCGCUCUGUGAAAGAGGGAUAUGCACGUGCCAACCAUACUAUGCCAGGGUUGACAACUCGACCUGUCUAGAAUCAACUCUUCUGGGGUCAGAAUGCAUGGUGUCGGAGCAGUGCACCCUGAAAGUGGCGUACAGUGCUUGCUUGGAAGGCGUUUGUCGGUGCACCGAUGGCCAUCUCCAGUUCAGAAAACAUACCUGUCUUUCCCCUGCACAACCAGGUCACGUGUGCUACAGCAACGAACACUGUCGCUUAUGGGAUAAAGAGAGCCACUGCGAAUUCGUUAUACCCAAUCUGUUCGGGCGAUGCGCAUGUAACUCUAUGUUCAAGCAAGCCGGUGAAAAAUGCAUAGCGCAGAAAACAUCUCCCUAUGUCACAGAAGCAGUUAUAGCUGAACAAGGGUCGGUAAUAGGACAAGACCAAGAUUUUUCUCAGAAGUAUCCUAAGCCAUCAAAACAGCCGAAUAGAGUAGACGCUUAUGAACCAAAUUCAGUCCUCGACACAGAUGAUAUCCACCCCAGCAAGUUACCAAUGUUCACUAACAAAAUCGAGGUUCUUAGCACCCAGGAGGACAGCCCAUUGAUGCAAGCUGUUUUGAAAGUCCCAACAGCCGAACCGGUCAAAAGAUUACCAGUUUUUAACAGAAGAGAUGGAGAUCCAAAUGAAACCAUACAGCUGGAUGAAUUGACAGCAAAUCUACACGCAAAUGAUCAACCGAUAUACAGAAUUGUGACACAACCAUCAGUCGAAAAUAAUGGCACGAACAAAAAAGGAAGCUCAUCAAAGGAGCAAAGCAGCUCAUCAAAGGAACAAAAGCAACAGAAAGCUGGUCAUCAGAAGAAAUCUUCCUUGAAAGAUAAACAUCGUAUCCGGACCGAAGUUGCCACUCCUGUGUAUGACCUUGGUCCAGCAUCACUCGGCAUGCCAUGUGUGACCGACUCCCAAUGUAACUCAGUCGAUCCUCACUCGAGGUGCCUAAACAAAAGAUGCGACUGCGCAUACCGGACCAACUCUACAUCUGCUUGCUCCGCCAGAAAUAGAGGCUGUUUGCCCGGAACUUUCCAGUGCCGAUCGACGGGAACGUGCAUUAGCUGGUACUUCGUCUGCGAUGGCCGCAAAGAUUGCCCCGACGGUUCCGACGAAAAAUGUGAAGGUACUGGUAAAGACGCUACCGGCGAGCGGUGCCCGAUGCACGCGUUCCGAUGCGGCGGGCCGGGGUCCCGCUGCGUGUCGCGCGCGUCUCGCUGCGACGGAACCCCGCAGUGCCCCGGAGGCGAAGACGAGAGGAACUGUAGGGCGACCAAACGCAAAGGAUGCCCAAGGCAUACGUUCAGAUGCGGUUCCGGCGAGUGCCUGCCAGAGUAUGAGUUCUGCAAUGCGAUAAUCUCCUGCAAAGAUGCAUCUGACGAGCCUCCACACCUAUGUAAUGAACAAUCCAGAUGGCGAGCGGCCGACUUCUGUCCACUGCGGUGCGGUAACGGCCGGUGCAGGAGCACCGCGGUGGCGUGUUCAGGCCGGGAUGGCUGCGGGGACAACAGCGAUGAGAUUGCCUGCACUGUUUGUAGAUGUCCAGCACCACCGCAAUCACCUUGAAGACAAACCGCAUAGAUAGUUAUGAAUUCUAGUGAAAAACAAGGCUGAAAGUAAACGUCAACGAUGCUAUUGACUCUUUCCUCGUACAUUUACGGACAAAGGGUUUUAGAAACACCAUCACAUUGAUUUUACGUAUGAAAAAAUAAAAAAAAUACGUAUAAGCAGCUGCGAUGCAAUUAAACAGUAAAUCCUUAGUUUUUUAGCAGCACAAAGUCUAAUGUAUUAGUAGACGUAAAUUAAAUAGAGUUUAGAAUAAGAACCGUAAAUUACAUUUGUACAGUAGCACUAUUUAGAAAUAGGUUUCCCUUUUUUAAUCACGACGUAUAAACUUUAUGCACCUGUUAGCAACUGUCACUUUGUCGGUUUGAAGUAAUCUACAGUGUUCAUUUCAAAUUAAUAUAUUUGAAUAUAAAAGUCAAUACCUAUUCCUUGAAUGUAAAACGGAUAUUAAACAAAUUGGCUAAAACAUUAAUAACUCAAUAAGACUGACACAAAAAUGCUCGAACAGGACACGAAUCCACAAAAUCAAUCACUAAUUUGUAAAUAUGAAAUUAAUACUAAUUACAUUUUAUUUUUAUUAGUGUUAGCACUUAGUGACACAAUAAGUCGUUCUAAUUAUUUUGUACAAUAUCAAGGUAUUAAUUUAUUAAAUGCUUAACUUUAUAAACCUUAAAAUAAAGGAUAUGAAAUUAAACAAGGCUUAUUGAAAAGUAAAAAGUACCUUACAAUCGCGCCUCAGUAAAAUAUUUCGCAAGCGAUAUUUUACUAUGAAAAUAGCAUAACCCACAUGGCGUAAUUAUGUCACUAUGCCAAUCUACUUUCUCAAGAAUCUUUUCACUAAAAUAAGACGUAAAAAGUUUCAUCGCUGUAUCUAGAAAAAAACCUAACAGACUAGUAAACUAUAAAAUAUAAAACAAACUAUUACAAACUGUGUUUCUGAUUCCUUACAUCGACUGUAAUUAUGCUUAUUUAUAAACUAAGUAAUGAUUAAGUAUUACCGACUUUUUUCUAGGAAAUAAGAUUA